UGGAAACAACAACUUAAAUGGUUACGAAAUAAAGAAAGAGCCAAUUUGCAAACGCAUACUAAAAAUGGCAGCGAAGAAGUGCCUAGAGCUAGGAUUUGAUUACUUCCUUGAUAUUUCACAACAAAUCGCUUACAAAAGAUACAUCCACAAAAAGUUCUGGAAUGUUGUUUUGCACACUGUGACGUCACUGUUGUUUACAUGGUCAGCCUUCUUUAUACUAAGUUACAUUGUUCCGUCACUUUUACUACAUGCUAAUCUACUGGUUGUCUUAUCAAUAUGCAUUCGACAGGACACUCUGCUUGGGCUUGCUGCUUGUCUCAUUUACCCAGUAAUUUAUUAUCACGCCAUCUACAUGUCGACAGCAAGCUUUAUUCAAGCGUUUAGCCUCGCUGCACUUUCCUAUAUCGUGGAAGUUUACGUGGGCCAAACAUGGAUAGAAGGAACUGAACCGUUUUCCACGCCACCCAAAAGCAAAAACCCACACUUUCUUAUGUGCGACACCUAUAACGAAACGUUUUUCACGUUUUUUCACAACGCUGUUACGUUGCUGAUUCGCUUCGAUUUUCGUUCAGACCUGUUAGAUACUUCUAAUAUAUAUCUAAGGAAAUAUAUGGAUCGGGUGAAAAAAGUACCUUAGCUUGUUGAAAUUCUUUAGAUCUAUAAUUUAUGAGAGUAGCUGCGUCAUUGCAUUUAUAAAUUUAUUUUUUUCACUUUAAAUGUAUUAUAUGUUUUUUAUUUUUAUUUAUAGAACUAUUUUUUUUUCUUUUCCUUAUUAUGAUAUGUUUAUUUGUUUAUUGCUGACAUUUUUGUAUGUUUUAUGGAACUGGCUUAUUUUAGAAACUGGAAAUAAGGUGGGUUUUUUUAAAAAAAAAUUGUUAGUUAACAUUUUUUGAAUGUAAUUAUUUGAUUGCACUCUUUUUUAUAAGAAACAUCUGUAACCAACACAAAGCUGAAGUCCUUCAAAAAACGUAGCAAUUUAUAAACAACAGCCAGAAAUGAAUAAAAAAAAACAGCAAUAGUUUUCGAGACUUCGAGACUCUUUUCUUUGGUUUAAACGACGAACAACAUUGAUGAAAACAAAGUCUAAUCGCUAAUGGUUAGCAAACACGUGGUCCUGCCAAAAAUGUUGUCAUUAAUCAGCAACUAAGAAACAGGUGUGUUGCUUAUAGAAAAGUGUGUACAAAACGGAACGUAAACUUGGUUAAAAUUGGUUGGUGCUGUUUGUGAACUUAUGUUUUUGUUCAGAAUGUGCAGGGAUAGAAUGAACAAAAUGAUUUUUACUUACUUUUGAGAUGAA